AUGAAAAUCCCACCCUUCCUCGACACACAUCAUCUUGUCGUCUCUGCGCUCGCAUUAUCUUUGCUAUGCUCGCCUGAGACCACACGAGCCAAGGACAUUUUCUUCAAAGCAUCGUUGCACAAAAGAAAACCUCCCUUGCCGUUCGAUCUCAACAAGCUGCCCGAGUCAGAGGAGGUGCUGAGCUCAGCGAUUGACAAUGUGAAAGUGUUCCAGCCUACCCCCAAGUCCAGCGCCGCUUCACCCGCACACAGAGUUGAAAUAGCACCAACGACGGAGGCAGCAGUAUCAACCUCAUCCGAUCACAACCACCUCGUGAGCGCACAACUGAAUGCGCUUGGUGAUUACAGAGGUUUCACAAGCCUUCCUCCUGCGUGGCUUCAACGAUGGCCCGAAUAUGCAAGUCAGGGAGGAAGGAUUCGAUCAGAAGCUACCAUCGUCGGUGGAGCUUCCGGUCCGCCUCAGUUCCUGCUAUCGGCGGCUGAUCCACCCAGCCAACCUCCUCCCGGUAUGAAACUCAACCCUGCGCCAAGCCCCGCUUUACAGGUCAGAUUUUCAACUAGCACUGCGGAUGAACACAACAGGGCCGUAAGAAAGGCGGUGCAGCACUACAAGAAGACCUUUAUGCCUCAUAUGAGGACCUUUGUGGUGAGUACGUCUUGUUCGAAUUGCGAAGUGUCGAGUCAGCGAGCGUGCAUUCCGCACUCGUAUCCACAACCCACAUUGGCCUGGAACUGAUGAGGGCCCGACUUGUCUUUACCUUGUCUCACAAACGUGCCUGCCACUCCACUCGGUACAGGUGCAGCACGGAUUUGGUCGAUCACGCGAAGAACCCGCAUUGCACGCUGUCGGUUCAGCAAGGGAUGUCGACGACAAUUUGAUUCCAGCAGGAGGCAUCACUUCUACAGGUGUUCAUCACUCUCGAGCUUUCAUCUACAUGACGCCAGGGCAGACCUACAAGCACGGCACGCAAAUGAUGGAGUACGAAAAGCCGGGCGAAGAAGCCAAACUUCGUUCUCACGCAUUCGUCGUCGAUGAUCUUUCCAAGUUGCAAAAACCAUCUUUCGAAGAUGUCGACACAUCGGCAUUCAACCGUCGUCCGAAAAUUGCCGAUGAGGGUAAAAAGCAUGCUCCAAAUGCGCACUCGCAGACGCUUGGGAGCAACAAGAAGGCCAACAAACCCAAACAUCUUCCGUCAGCUGACCAAACUCCUACAUUUCCUGGCCUGGCGAGACAUGUAGGGGAUUUGCCCUUUACCUCUUAUGGACUUCCUCGCGGGAGAGGCGGAGCAACCGCAAGCGCAGAAGGAAGAGCGGUGCGUGGGACGACGGGCCAGUUCGCGCAAUCUCCACAUCAACUGGAUCUCCAUCUUUCGCCAAGUACCGAGCCGUCCACUCACAAUGGCAAAGAGCAGGGGAUAGACGAGACACAUGCUUCGAGUGCGCAUGGGUUCGCAAGUCAAUAUGGUGGUGGUGGUGUGGAAGAGGUGGUAUCCAAAAGAAAAGCGGGAAGACCGAGAGGGAGCAAAACUUCGAUCAGGCUCAAAUUGCUGCAGAGCGUUGAGAGGAGGACGAGGGAAGAAGCUUGGACCGCUUGGCUCAAACGUCACGGUCUUCCGCACGACUCUACUUUCACGCCUGUCUCUAGGCCUGCCUCCACCUCAGCCUCGGCCUCCGAAACGCAGCCCAGGGCGGUGAACAGCAAUCACGAGGCUGCGCCGCCUUCUUAG